AUGAGGCAAUUCCCAAUGAGGCUUUUUCUGCUCGGAUUCAUCGCCGUCAUGGUGGCCGCCGGCUCCGGCGAGACCCAUCUGACGACGGCGAAGCAUAUCACUGUUACAGGUGAGAACCCGGAAUACUUUGUUCCUAUUUCCUUGUAACAAUUGCCAAAUAUAGUAUAUAUUUUCUUGAAACAGCGGUACUCCGAUCAAGAUAUUGCUAAUAGUAUCUUUGAAAGCAGAUGGUAAGCAGAAAAGGUGAUGGGUUUGGAUAGAUUUUAGCUCUGCCAUGCAUAAGAUUUGAGAAGCUUAACCCGCCACUCAGAUGAACCGUACCCUCCUCCCCUUCUCCGGAUUUCUUGGUGUUCAUUCGUGCAGGCUGCAACAACAACUGCGACGUAGCUUGCUGCUACUGCAACACCAGCAAGAUGCCGCCGGUCUGCGAGAAGUGCUGCCAUAUCUCAAGGAGAUGA